CAAAGUAAAAGUUGAGAAUAUGAAGAGAGAGAAAGAAUAGAGAAAGGGUCUAUCAGAUUUCAGAAGAUUUAGAGAGAGAAACUCUGCAUGCCAUUUAGUGAAGGAAGAGAACCAACCAAGGAGACAGACAUUGGAUUCAAAAUGGGAUUUGGGUUUUGAGUUUUGAGUUUUGCUUCAAAGGGUCUUGGUUUUGAUUUGGGUUUCAGAUAGUUGAAAGCCAUUGACUUUCUGAAUUCUGAUUCUUUGAGUCAUUAUCCCAGGUAGAGAGAGUGGAAGGAUCUGAAAAUUUAAACAAAUAAGAAAGAAUUUGUUUUUCUGCAUUUUGCUUGGGACUGCUAAACUAAAAGCAUAGGAAAAUGGAAGGCCAUAGUGAAAUGGGUCUAAUUGGAGAAAGUUUUGAUACUAGUAAUUUGCUGGGGAGGAUGAGGGAUGAUGAGUAUGAAAGCCGCUCUGGAAGUGAUAAUUUUGAUGGUGGAUCUGGUGAUGAUCAAGAUGGUGGUGAUGAUCAGCCACAGAAAAAGAAGAAGAAAUACCAUAGACACACUCCUCAACAAAUUCAGGAGCUUGAAGCGUUCUUCAAGGAGUGUCCUCAUCCUGAUGAGAAGCAAAGAACAGAUCUUAGCAAGAGGCUUGGCUUGGAGAAUAAGCAAGUCAAGUUCUGGUUUCAGAACCGACGAACCCAAAUGAAGACGCAAAUGGAACGUCAUGAGAACAUGAUUCUUAAGCAGGAGAAUGACAAGCUCCGAGCUGAGAACAGUGUCAUGAAGGAAGCUUUGGCAAAUCCGAUAUGUAACAGCUGUGGUGGUCCAGCCAUUCCUGGUCAAAUUUCACUGGAGGAACACCAGACUAGAAUUGAAAAUGCUCGGCUAAAGGAUGAAUUGAACCGAAUAUGCGCAUUAGCAAACAAGUUCCUGGGCAGGCCCCUCUCAUCAAUGGCCAGCCCCAUGCCUCUGCCGGCCUCAAAUUCUUGUCUAGAGCUUGCUAUAGGAAGAAAUGGAAUUGCUGGUCCAAGCAAUUUUGGGAUGUCGUUGCCAAUGGGACUCGAUGUGGGAGAUGGGGUUUUGGGCUCCUCACCUAUGAUGGCUAACAUGAGUUCUAGAUCACCAAUGGGAAUGAUGGGAAAUGAUGUCCAGAUGGAGAGAACUAUGCUUUUAGAUCUUGCAUUAAGUGCUAUGGAUGAAUUGGUUAAGAUGACUCAGGCUGAUAGCCCUCUUUGGAUUAAGAGUUCUGAUGGCAGGAAUGAAGUGCUGAACCAUGAGGAGUAUGCAAGAAUGUGUUCUCCUUAUAUUGGACCAAAACCUGCUGGUUAUGUAACUGAAGCUACUAGAGGAACUGGAGUAGUAUUAGCCAACGGUUUGGCCCUUGUGGAAACAUUGAUGGACGUGGAUCGAUGGUUGGAGAUGUUUGCAUCUAUUGUUGCUAGUGCUGCCACUCUUGAUGUAAUAUCUAGUGGCACUGGUGGUACCAGAAGUGGGGCUUUGCAAGUGAUGCUUGCCGAGAUACAAUUGCUUUCUCCACUCGUCCCUGCUCGUCAAUUGAGUUUCCUCAGGUUUUGUAAGCAGCAUGCAGAAGGUGUAUGGGCUGUGGUUGAUGUUUCACUGGACAUUGCUCGUAAUGCUGCCAAUUUGCACCCACUAGUGAGCUGCAGGAGGCUUCCUUCUGGCUGUGUUAUUCAGGAUAUGCCCAAUGGUUUCUCCAAGAUUACUUGGGUUGAACAUUCCCAAUAUGAUGAGAGUGUGAUACACCAACUUUGUCGGCCGUUGGUUAGUUCUGGCAUUGGCUUUGGUGCUCACAGAUGGAUUGCCACCCUCCUAAGGCAGUGUGAAUGCUUGGCAAUCCUCAUGUCCACUCCUGGCACAUCUGACGACCCCACAGUCAUGAACCAAGCCGGUAGGAGGAGCAUGCUGAAGCUUGCGCAGCGCAUGGCCGAGUACUUCUGCUCAGGGAUCUGUGCUUCAUCUGCACGCAAGUGGGACAUCCUUCCUAUUGGUAAUCUGGGCGAUGACAUGAGGAUCAUGGCCAGGAAAAAUGGGGACGACCCUAAUGAGGCUCCUGGCAUUGUGCUGAGUGCAUCAACUUCUGUUUGGAUGCCGGUGUCACGCCAAAAGGUGUUUGACUUUCUGCGUAGUGGACAGUUUAGAGGUGAGUGGGACAUGCUGUCCAACGGUGGUCCAAUGCAGGAGAUGAUCCGGAUUCCCAAGGGACAGGAAGAUGGAAAUUGUGUUUCCAUCCUUACUGCUAAUAGCACAGACAGCAAUGUGCAAUAUCUGCAAGAGUCAUGGACUGAUGCCUCCGGCUCGAUGGUGGUGUAUUCGCCGAUCAACAUGCAAUCCUUGAACGUGGUGAUGAGCUGUGGAGAUUCGUCCUUUGUUGCUCUCCGUCCGUCAGGCUUUGCUAUUCUGCCAGAUGGCCAUCCGGUCAACAGCGAUGGCAGUGAUGGUGGUGGCAGUUGCCUUCUUACAGUUGGGCUACAAAUGUUGCAGAAUGGCAACCAAACAUCCAAGUUCACUGUGGAGUCAGUUGAAACUGUUCAUAACCUCAUCUCAUGCACCAUUCAGAAGAUCAAAGAUGCACUAGGAGUUGCAUGAAGAAUGAACCAUUUUUUUUUCAUUUGAGACUUGAUCACAAAAAAAUAGACAAUUAUUUUUUCUUUUUGAAAGAAAGCAUAAUAGGGGGUCUUAUAUUUGGGUGUAUAGAGCAUUCUAGAGUAGAGGAAGAGGCUGAGACAGAAAAAGGGUUUGAGUCAAGAACGAACCAAGAAAGAGCAACUUGCUUUGCUUUGUGGUGGUUCGGGUAUUGACUCGUUACCUGUUAGUCUUUGCUCUUUACAUAUCUAAAAUUAUAUUGUCUAUUAUUCUUACACCCUCUUUCUUAUAGUUAAAGUGAAACUUCUCAACUUUGCUAUUAGAUUUCAUGUUCGUUUCUUGAA